CGGCCAGGGGCAAGAUUUGUUGCGGGAAGACCUCUGAUCGGAAAGACAACCUCAAAAGGUGGAAGUAACAUUAGCUGAAGUGUCUCGCGCCACCAGUGACCUUGGAACUAACUUGCAGAAGUCGAGGUGGAGAAACACUGCGAAGUGAACACAUCGGAGCUUUUGGAAAGACGAAUGUGGUUUCCUUGCCUUGAAGAAGGCUCGGAUCCUGUUGUUGGUUUUUAGCUCAGGGCAAAUUUGGCUGUGUGACCCUCACAUCACCGUUUCGACGGUGUAGAGUUUAGGUUAGGACUUUCUCACCGAAUUUUCACACAAGGGAGAGGUGGUGUCGAGAGAGAGGCACGUCCGGCCAUGUGGAGCACAGACCUUUGGGAUCAAUAUGAUGGCGUCUGUAGCCACUUGGACACUCGCGUCGAUCAAGUCAAACGGAUCUCAGCGUUCGUCAAGGAUCGGAUCAAGGUCGAGCAGGACUAUGCCAAGGAGUUGAGGAGGUUGUCCAAGUCUUACAAUAAAAUGAAGCCAGAAGAGACAAAGUUUCCGUCGACGGAAUGCUUUUCGAAGAUCGUGGCUCAUGCCGAUGAGCUGGCUCAGCAUCACGAGUCCUUCAGCACCAAGCUACAGUCGGACGUUUACGACGCCCUCAAGAAGCUGACUGUCGACCAGACCAAAGAGAAGAAGACGAUGAUGACAGAUGCGACCAAGCAGCAGGCGGGCUACACCUCUGCGUUAGCCAGCAAUGACAAGAUGAAGAAGAAGUACGAGAGUGCGCAACAAGACUCUGAUAAGGCCCAUCUGGCAUACACAAAGGCAGACGCAGACAUGACUCUGUCUCGUGCCGCCGUCGAAAAGUUCCGCAAAACCUCAGACCUCAAACAGGUUGAGGCGGACGAGGCGAAGUCCAACUUCCAGAAAUCCAUCGACGAGACAAACAAAGUACAAAAAGAACACUAUCAUACCAAGAUGCCAGAAACGUUCAAGCAAUUCCAACAGCUGGACGAGACGCGAACAAAGGAGAUGAUACAGCAAUUCGUCCGGUACAUCAGCCUCGAGUCUGAGCUUAUGCCACUCUACACGGAGUCUGAGCAGAAGUGCAAGACUCAGCUGCAGGCCGUCAACCCGGACGAGGACUCGCGUGUGCUGGUGGAUGAGCUGCAGAGCGGCUUCACCAUUCCCACCGAUAUCGUCUUUGAGGAAAUGUCAAGCGCCCCACAGCCGGAGAAGUCGGACCGGCGCUCGAAGAAGGCCUCCGUACCGACCUCCUUGAUUAAAGCAGCUGGCAGUAAGAAAAACAGCAUCUGUGAAGAGUCUGUGGACUUAUUCGACGGCUUGCCACCCGCCAAGCGGAAGAAGAAGCUAAACUCGAGAAUCAGUGACCUGAAGACUUCUGCCAAGAAGGAGGAGGCUGAACUGAAAGCCCUGGAGAAGCUCACCUCCGUCUACACGGCAAACCCCAGCCUCGGCGAUCCCAACGUCGUCCAGCAGAAGAUCGCGCCGGUCAUAGCACGCGUGGACGGCUUCAACGAUGAAAUGUACAAGCUGGAGUGUGCUUUGGCUCAGAUGGAGAAUCGUGAUCCACCAACCGCCCCUUCCAGUGCAGCAAACAUGCUGACAACACGCACAUCAAUCUCAUCGAGUGCCAGCGACUUCCUCAACGUACAGUCCAACUCGGUUAACUCCGUUGCUGAUCAAAGCGACGAGUUUGAUGACAGCGUAGGUGAAGUGAAGAAGAGCGGGUCAAUGGCAUGGGGUGACGACUUUGCUGACCCAGGCCAGCAAAAAUGCACUGUACUAUACGACUUCCAAGCAACGUCCGGCUCUGAACUGUCCGUAUCGGUCGGCGAGACUCUCGAACUCGUCCAGGACGACGGCAGCGGAUGGAUCAGCGUUCGCCGUGGAGAUGCCCAGGGUUACAUUCCCCUGAGCUACGUGGAUAUGUCUUAACGGCAUGUCACACACACCACAGACACCCGAUCUUGUUUAAACCAACUCUAUCAUACCUCUUUACUAAUUUCUCACAAUUUUUUUCGCUGAGUUAGUUCGCAUAUGCAUAAAAGAGCCAGCGCGCCUGUUUCUUGAGAUUUACCCGCAGCCGGCCCCAUGAUUGCAGUAUGGUGGCUAAGCGAGAUUGAGAUAGCACUUAGUCCAGGCUAUGUGUGCAGCACGCAUGCACCUUCUCUCAAAUCAUGUGUCGCAAUCAAGCUGACUGUGCAUGUGGCUUUGCUGAGUUACCCUGUGCUGCCGCGCGGCUGUGUGUGCCAAACCGUUUUAUUUCGUCCGGGGCCUCCCCGCGCCAGUUAAUUUCCGACGUGGAUGUGUUAGCAUACUACAAGCAGUCCCUUUCCGUUUUCUUGUCUUGCAUGGAUUAGAAGUCCUUGGGAAUCGUUCCUGGCUACAUUCCGCCAUCAGCCUGCUGCGCAAAUGUCAAUGCUCCGAGACAAUGAUCUGUACGAGGUGAUUUGGCUUUUUUUAACAUGGUUGUAAAAUCACGUUUUUUCAGCCACUUCUAGGCAAGCUACGUCCAAAUGAAUUGUUGCAAGUGGAAGUGCUAUCCUUCA